AUGUUUUUGCACUUAGUUGGUUGUUUGAAAGAAAAAGGAAGAGAUCUGAUUAUCCAUCAUACAUUUUUAAUACCUGGUCAUACACACAUGGAGGCAGAUACAAUUCAUGCAGCCAUUGAAAAACAAAAAAAACGUACAAUGAUAGAUAUUGAAUUGCCAAGAGACUGGGCUAUACUCAUAAGUUCAGUUCCAAGAAAGCCUCCAAUAAAUGUAAUACAAAUGGAGCAAUACAACUUUUUAAACUUCAAAGAGUUAAUUGGUAAAGUAUUUAUACAUAAAAAAAUUAAUAUUGAUGGUGAAGCUGUGGGGUGGAAUAAGAUUAGGUGGAUGAAGUACAUGACUAAUAAUUUUGGAAAUAUUUUAUAUAAACAUUCCUUCUCCUGUGAUGAAAACCAAACAUUUAAAAUAUUGGACUUAACAAAAAAAACCAGACGUUCUUGUGAACUACAUGCUCUACACACUAACCUUCUACCACUUGAAGCAAAAAAGUUAAAAUACUUACAGUCUUUAUUACCUUUUAUCAGUGAAUCAAGCCGUCCGUUUUACUAUUCAUUAAUAAACAACUCCACAACUUGUAGAUCAAGUGAAGAAGAAAGUGAUUAA